AUGGAGACGGGCGGCUGCCGCAUGGGCGGCGCGGAGCCGGGCGCCCCGGCGAUGAUCACGCUGGAGGACCUGGACGGGAUGGCGGAGGAGAGCCCCGACUCGGCGUACCACAGCAACGGCAGCAGCCUGGAGGAGGAGGCCGAGCGCAUGGAGGACGAGGAGCAGGAGCGGCUGCUGAGCUACUGGCAGAGCGUGGGCAGGGGGCACCAGGUGGACGUGCCCCGGGACAUGGCAGAGCCAAUUCAGCAGCUGACUAGAAAUAACAAUCCCCAGGAGAGACAGACCAUCCCGUUUACUCUGAUCCAGCGCAAAGAAAAGCUUGGAGAUCUGCUUUAUGAAAAACGUCAGUAUGGAAAGGCCAAGUGGGCUUGUAUAAAAAUGAAAGAAAAACAGUACGAACAGAGCAUAUGCCUCGGAUUCAUGAAGCUUAUGAGGUACAUUUGUGAGCAGAAUUCCUCAGGACUGUACUUGGGGAUAACAAUACCCAUUGUGACCAUAGUCCAUACAAAUGAAUCUCAAUCGGAGAUGACACAGUCCGUGACAGUAGCGUACUACCUGCCUGAAAUGCUGCAGGAUGAGCCACCUCAUCCUUUUGACUCUGACAUAACCAUUGAAGAAUGGCCUUCUACUAUUGUUUAUAGCAGGAGCUUCAGAGGAAUCACCAAUGAAGAUUCUAUAAUGAGAGAAAUAAACCUGUUGGCGGAAAUUCUGGAGAGUCCCGAGUUAUAUUUGCAGGAUACAUUCAUCAUCGCAGGAUAUACAAAUCCAGCUGCUGCCAAUCGACACAACGAGAUAUGGUUCCUUCAAAGACCAUAG